GUCCAUCCUAGCCUGUUCCUGAUGAGUCCUUUUGGGGUGCAGGGUGAGCUAGUUCUCCAUCCACUCCUCCCAAUGGGUAAAAAGAGAUUAGCACGGAGGGGAGGAGGGUCACUAGGGUUUUCUGGUGAUCCUGGUAUCCCAGCAGUGGUGGUUAUUUGAAAGGGGACCUUGCUGGAUGCACUGCUUGCCCACACCAGUGAAGUUGUUGUUGGGACACUCUCUGGCUGGAAGUAAACCUCUACCACUACUUUCUGAGUUGCUAUGGACUUACUAGGGGAGGACAAUUUUGGCACGAGUGACAAAACUUUAUGAGGACAGUACAAAUCAAAAAGUCACAAAAGAAGACAUUGUUGCACCAAAUCUGCCCCCGCCCUCUUUUCUCACCAUGAGCUCCCGAGUGGUGAACCGAAAAGGAGAGCCCCAGUAUCGACGGCACUUUCUGACCAACAACAGUAUCUUCCAAGUGGAGCGAUGCAUGAGUGUGAUGCAGUCCGGGACACAGAUGGUGAAGCUCAAGGCAGGGUCCAAGGGGCUGGUGAGGCUCUUCUACCUGGACGACCACCGCUCCUGUAUCCGCUGGAAGCCCUCACGCAAGAGUGAGAAGGCCAAGAUCACCAUUGAUUCGCUGUACAAAGUGACAGAGGGGGUUCAGUCGGACAUCUUUCACCGUCAGGCGGAGGGCAGUCUGGACCCUGCCUGCUGCUUCACCAUCUAUCACGGAAACCAUAUGGAGUCCCUGGAUCUUGUCACAUCCAACUCAGAGGAGGCUCGUACCUGGGUCACCGGCCUGCGCUACUUGAUGGCCGGGAUCAGUGAUGAAGACUCUCUUGCCAGACGCCAACGAACACAUGACCAGUGGAUGAAGCAGACAUUUGAGGAGGCAGAUAAAAAUGGUGAUGGCCUUUUGAACAUCGAUGAAAUUUACCAACUUCUCCACAAGCUCAAUGUCAAUCUGCCACGGAGGAAAGUCAAGCAAAUGUUCCAGGAAGCCGACACUGACGACCAGCAGGGCACGCUGACGUACGAGGAGUUCUCCGUCUUCUACAAAAUGAUGUCAAUGAGGCGAGACCUGUUUCUGCUCAUGAUGGCCUAUAGUGAAAGAAAAGACCACCUAAAUAUGGAGGAGUUGGCCACCUUUCUGCGCAAUGAGCAGAAGAUGACAAAUGUGACACCAGAGUAUGUAGCAGAAAUCAUUGAGAAGUUUGAGGAGUCUACUGAGAACAAACAGAGGGGAUAUUUGGGCAUUGAAGGAUUUACAAGUUUCAUGCGCAGCCCAACAUGUGACAUUUUCAACCCUUUGCACAAUGAGGUGAACCAGGAUAUGGAGCAGCCUCUCUGUAACUAUUUCAUUGCCUCCUCCCACAACACGUACCUGACCGGGGACCAGCUCCUGUCGCACUCAAAGACCGACAUGUAUGCCUGGGUCCUACAGUCUGGUUGCCGCUGUGUAGAAGUGGACUGUUGGGAUGGUCCUGAUGGAGAACCAAUGGUCCAACAUGGCUACACUCUCACGUCAAAGAUCCCCUUCAAGUCUGUCAUUGAAACCAUCAAUAAGCACGCCUUUGUGAACAACCAGUUUCCAGUAAUCCUGUCCAUAGAGAACCACUGUAAUAUCCAGCAACAGAAGAAAAUCGCCCAGUACCUGCGAGAAAUCUUUGGAGAUAAAUUAGACAUUGGACAUGCAUUGACAGGAGACUCCAGGACGUUACCCAGUCCUCAAAGUCUUCUGGGCAAGAUACUCAUUAAAGGGAAGAGGCUGCCUGCCUAUUUGUCUGCUGAUGUAGAGGAGGGGGAAGUGUCCGACGACGACAGCGCAGAUGAAAUUGAGGACGACUUCAAGCUCAAGAGCACAAAUGGCAAUGGACAUCACCAAGUGGAGUCUCACAUCAGGAAGAAGCUGGACUCUCUGCUCAAAGAGUCCAAGAUUGGGGAUAAAGAGGAUUCGGACAGCUUCAGCAUCAGAGCGUUACUGAGGGCCACACACCAGGGCCUGCAGAAAAAUCUGCGCCAGGGAUCCAAGGGUGUGUUGAAGAAAUCUCAGAGCAGGUCUCUUAUCACUACACUUAAACAAAAGAGGCACUCCAAAUCCAGGCUGACCUGCCAAAGCGUGGACAAGGAGGAUGAGUGUCAGGAGCGCUCAGGGAGGGACACUGGAGGACAAUUCAACAGAUAUGGAAGAAAAAGGAAGACCAUGAAACUCAGCCGAGAUCUCUCCAACCUCGUGGUGUUUACUAACUCUGUAGCAUCUCAGGAGUGUCUAAAUGAAGGUACACCUGGUGAUGUCCUCUCCUUCAGUGAGACCAGAGCUCAGUCUCUCGUAAACCACAAAACAGAACAGUUUCUGACAUUUAACCAAAGGCAACUGUCCCGCAUUUAUCCAUCGGCCUAUCGGAUUGACUCGUCCAACUUCAACCCUCAGUUCUACUGGAAUGUGGGCUGUCAGCUGGUGGCCCUAAACUACCAGACAGAGGGAAGGAUGAUGCAGCUUAAUCGAGCCAAAUUUAUGGUCAAUGGAGGCAGUGGUUAUGUUCUUAAGCCUCCACCUAUGUGCAAAGGCUCUUUUAAUCCUUUCAGUGAAGAUCCACUCCCAGCAUGCCCCAAAAAGCAGCUCAUACUGAAGGUCAUAAGUGGACAGCAGUUGCCCAAACCCCCAGACUCCAUGCUGGGGGACAGAGGAGAGAUUAUUGAUCCAUUUGUUGAAGUGGAAAUCAUUGGUCUUCCAGUAGAUUGCUGCAAGGAACAAACACGUGUAGUGGAUGACAAUGGUUUUAACCCCGUAUGGGAGGAGACACUGUCCUUUACGCUGCACAUGCCGGAGAUGGCUCUAGUGCGUUUCCUGGUAUGGGAUCAUGACCCCAUUGGCCGAGACUUCAUUGGACAACGGACUGUGGCUUUCAGCAGCUUAAUGCCAGGCUAUCGGCACGUUUACCUAGAGGGUCUGACGGAGGCUUCCAUCUUUGUGCAUGUGUUAGUGCAUGAUGUUUACGGCAAGUGGAGCCCCCUAAUCCUGAAUCCAAGCUUUACCAUAAUGCACUUUCUAGGAACACACAAGGGAAAUCAACUGCGUGGCAUUCGGGGUUUCUUCAACCGUUCUUCCAAGUCCUCUGUGGACACAAACACCAGUGGCCUUCGGAAGCGCUCCAUCAGUGAUCAUCUCCUGCGACGCACAGCCAGUGCUCCAGCCAAAGGCCGCAAGAAGACCAAGAUGCCUCCAUCUGAGUCUGUGGCCUCCAUCUCUGAUCAGAAGAAUGGGACGGGCGGGGCAGCAGCGGCAGGGGAAGGAGGAGGGGAGCAGAGUACUUCGGGACAGGAGACAGGGAUCGAGAGACGCUUCCAGCCUCGAUCCCCCCUCAUCCACAGGCCUAUGUCCAUGCCCUUGGACAGACUUUUACAAGGACAGUUAUCUCUGUGCUCACCUGAUGCAGAGCAGCAGGAGACAGGCUCAGACUCUGGCAUUGGAGGAGCCCUUUUUAGGCGUCCCAGGUCUUCUUCACUGGACAUUCCCAUUACACCAACCACUGAACUCACAAUCUCUCUACCCUCCAAAGCAAGUGUCAGCCAAAAUGAGCAACCAGUGGAGUCUUCAUAUCUUGUUAUUGGUCGGGAGGAGGACCAGAAAGAAGCGGACUAUGUGAAUUAUCAAGCAAAUGACAUUUCCCAAACCAGAUCCAAAAUGGCACAAACAAGAACUGAGUGCAGAUUUUUGUCCAAACCUGAAUCAUUGUCACACAACACAACAUUCACAGUUGUUCCUUCAGUUUCCUCAACUCCAACAGUUUCAUCUGUGCAAACGGCCAAUAUGGAUGCAAAAUGCUCGAGAUCUCUGCAUGAUAGCACCAUUUCCAGAUUAAUUGAUGCCGUGUCCCUGGAUGAUGACACGUGCGGUUCUAUCUCCGCUCUGAUUAGCCAGUUUGACAACACGGCAGACCAAAGGAAGCUCACACAGUCUAAUUGCACCUUCUCCAUUCACCACCAAACUACCUCCUUUCUCAAGUCACCUUUCAAUACAUCAUCAACUCCCAACAAUUCCCACAGAGAACACCAUUUAAACUAUUCUACACCUUUACCUUCGAACAAUGCUAACAUGCUACAUCAGAAGGAUCUAUCCAGCCCCGAAACUGCAGAUCUUGAGGAAGUAUACACAAUUCUGGAUGAGGAAGUUCUGUUGCCUGUCUCUUCGCACAACCUUAACCAACAGAUUUCAAGUAGGAAUACCCCAGUACAAAGCCCCUCACUAACAACAGCUCUUAAUAACUGGAAUCGUGGCAAAUACAUUGAGGAGGCUGAGGAAAGCAUUUAUGAGGAAGUUGUUGAUCCUCCAGAAAGAAUACCACAAAUUGACACACUUAGGUCAAAUUCCCCCUUGAGCCCGCCUUUGCAGGACUGUUACAAUUUCCCAACUCAAAAUGAAGUGGAGAUAAAUGUUGAUGAGGAUCCACUGGAUAGGAUUAUGGCUUCACCAAAAUAUGGCAGCCCCUGGAAAGAGCUCACAAGCCCCACCAAACGGCACGCUAUCUACCAAAACAAUGAAUCACCCACCAACUGCUACGACCCUGUCAAAUCAUGCAGCGAGUGCCAACAACCAAUAAUGAAUAAAUCUCACUUGUCAUCUUCACAAUGUCCAUCCCCAGUUAAUAAAUUUCCAUUAGAGACCCACACACUACUAUAUGCAAACACCUCUAGACCUAAUACAUGUAUCCCGCAACAUCAAAAUGGCUAUCAAACCAAUUCAGAUGGCCGCUGCAGAAACCAGAAAUUACACACAUAA